UUUUUACCUGGCAUCUCUGCUCGGUGCAGUUUGAGUGAAUCACCCGAAGUGUAAGGACAGAAAAUCCACGUCUCUCCGUUAUUCGAACAAUUCUGCAAUUUAAUUUCGCAAGGAACCUUCCAGAACCAAUAAGAAAAUGUACGGUAACCAACAAUCCGGUGGAUUCCGCGGAGGAAUGGGUGGUGGAAAUCGUAUGGCUAAUGGUGGUGGUGGUGGUUUCCGUGGUGGUGAUCGCCCCUCGGGAGGACCACGCGGAAUGGGAGGCGGUAUGGGCGGUAGUUUUGGAAACCGCGGUACUUUCGACCGACAGGGUAACAACGGAGCUAGCCUACGCACACUGCAAUGGAACAGUUCUGAUUUGCCAGCGUUCGAAAAGAACUUCUACAAACCGUCAGAACAAAUGCAGGGUAUGUCCGAAUCGGAUCUUACGGGAUAUCUGGCCGAUCAUGAGAUCACUAUCAAGGGCAAAAGUAUCCCUCGCCCUAGUAUGAGCUUCGCAGACUGCGGAUUGCCCGAUCCUAUCAUGGAUGAAAUUCAGAAACAGAGCUUCUCCAAACCAACGGCUAUUCAGGCCCAAGGAAUGCCUAUCGCAUUAACCGGCCGAGAUAUGGUCGGAAUCGCUCAAACGGGUUCGGGAAAGACUUUGGCUUACAUUGUUCCGGCCUUAGUUCAUAUUACGCACCAGGAUAAAGUGCGUCGCGGAGAUGGUCCAAUUGCGCUUGUUUUGGCUCCCACUCGAGAAUUGGCCCAGCAGAUUCAGCAAGUCGCCAUUGAUUUUGGACACAGAAUCAAUGUUAACAAUACUUGUGUGUUUGGAGGAGCACCAAAAGGACCGCAAAUACGUGAUUUAGAACGAGGAGCUGAAAUUGUGAUUGCCACACCCGGUCGCUUGAUUGAUUUCCUAGAACGUGGAAUCACCAACUUACGGCGAUGUACUUAUUUGGUCCUCGAUGAAGCUGAUCGUAUGUUAGAUAUGGGAUUUGAACCACAAAUUCGUAAGAUCAUGGGUCAAAUUCGUCCUGAUCGUCAAGUGCUCAUGUGGUCUGCCACAUGGCCCAAAGAAGUUCGCAAUCUAGCAGAGGAAUUUCUGACUGAAUACGUGCAGAUUAAUAUUGGAUCGCUUAAUCUUUCGGCUAACCACAAUAUUCUACAGAUUGUGGAUGUCUGUGAGGAUUAUGAAAAGGAUCAGAAGUUGAUGAAACUGUUGACCGAAAUUUCCGCUGAAAGCGAAACGAAGACAAUUGUUUUCGUAGAAACCAAACGCCGUGUAGAUGACAUUACCCGCGUUAUUAACCGGAACGGUUGGCGGGCCGUUUCGAUUCACGGCGACAAAUCACAGCAAGAACGUGAUUACGUUCUGAAUGGGUUCCGAAAUGGACGCCAGGGUAUCCUGGUGGCCACAGAUGUCGCCGCCCGCGGACUUGAUGUCGAAGACGUAAAGUUCGUAAUUAAUUACGACUACCCGUCAAAUUCUGAAGAUUACGUACAUCGUAUUGGUAGAACGGGUCGUUCUAACAAUACCGGUACCGCUUACACGCUGUUCACCAAUUCCAACGCCAAUAAAGCUGGUGACCUCAUCAACGUUCUUCGGGAGGCAAAUCAGGUGAUCAAUCCGAAGUUGGUUGAAAUGUCCAAGUCCGGUAUGGGUCGCGGUGGACGCAAUCGCUACGGAAAUCGCUUCGGAGGUCAACAAAAUCGGCCACCGCGUGAUGGAGGUUAUGGUGGACAGCGCAACGAUGGAGGCAAUCGUUUCGGUGGUGGUCGUGAUGGAGGUAACAAGUUUGGAGGUGGUCUGCGUAGAGACAAUGGUGGGGACAAGUUUGGUUCAAAACCCCCGAUGAAUGGUGGCUUCCAGUCACGGGAUCAAGGUAAUCGUGCGCCAAAUGGAUCGGGACCGCCACGCACAAAUCGAUUCGCUGCUCCAUCCGGAGCACCACCAUCUUACCAAUCCGGAGCAAGCGUGACUGGAAGUGGGUACAAUAAGAGCAGUUAUCCGAGUGCAGGCGCUACAGCUGGAACACCUGCUCCCUCCAGUAAUAGCUACGGAUCGUAUAAGCCCUAUAGCACAGCUCCGCCAAGCCAACCCACAGCGUCCACCUUCAGUGCAUACCCCAGAAGUACUGCUGUACCUCCUCCAUCUACCUAUCAGUUUACUCCGAGUGGACAGUCAUUCGCAUUCCCACCACCAGUGGCGAUUAAUUAAAUCAUUUCAUCAUUCAUCCCCUUAACUGACAUUUUACAUUCUCAUUAAUUUUUAUAGACAUCAUCUAACCCGUAGAAAAGAUACAGAGUGAUUUAGUAAUUUUAACUGCAAGUGUGAACAAACGAAUAGGAAAGUGACUAGGAUUAAGAACAUCCUAUUUAUUAUUUAAUCGAUUGUUAUUAGCAGGUACUAGUACUGCAUUGAAAAACAUAAUUAGGAAUUUCCCUUUCGAACUUUAGCGAAUGGAAAUAUUUUGUUUUCCUUAGUAUUCUUGAUACGAUGGAUUACUUGUGAUACUGUAGCACUAUGUUCUAAUGAUAGCAGCAACAAGAAUAUCGAGUUUCGGCUGAGUAUUUAUCAUUUCCUAUAUGGAGGCUAUUUUGCGUGUUACCACGCAGAAAUAACUAACGUGAAUUUGAUAUAUGUACGAUGUGAAAUGCAAGUGGUGGUUAAAGGUGUGAAACUAUCAAAACAAAUUAAACUUAUGAAUAUACGAUAUUGAAACCGAAA